UUUGAUUUUGUUAGUUCUCGCUGUUAACUCACACUGCCAGGUUUUAUCUCUUUUCCCUUCAGUCAACUAUGCUUAGAGCAGUGACAUCAGUGGCCCUGAGAUCCUCAUCUCGCACCCUCGUUAUCAGAGCUGCUGCUAGACGGCUCAUCGCAUCGAAGAGCGACGUGUCCACUGCGAAGUUCAACCAGAUCUACGAGCCCUUAAGUGCGUCGUCCCUGCCUGUUGACCACCUGAAGCCUUUAGAUACGUUCCAGAGACGCCAUCUGGGCCCAAACACCACCGAUGUGGAGCACAUGCUGGGUACCUUGGGCUACACAGAGUUGCAGGACUUCAUCAAGGAAGUUGUUCCAGAGAACAUUCUCGUUCAGAGAAAGCUGAACAUUGAGCCGGAAAACGGGUUCACGGAGUCUCAGCUGAUUGAGCGUCUCAAGCAGUUUGCCAGUCAGAACAAAAUCUACAGAUCCUUUAUCGGUAAAGGUUACUACAACACCAUCACACCGCCAGUGAUUCAGAGAAACAUCUUGGAAUCGCCAGAAUGGUACACCUCUUACACACCAUAUCAGCCAGAGAUCUCUCAAGGACGUCUUGAGUCUCUUUUGAACUUCCAGACAGUUAUCUCUGACCUGACAGGGUUGCCUGUGGCUAAUGCAUCGCUUCUUGAUGAAGGUACUGCCGCUGCUGAGGCAAUGUCCUUGUCCUUCACGAACUCAAAGAAGAAGAAAUCCAAGUACGUUGUUGAUUCUGAUAUACACCCACAAACCCUUUCCGUUUUGAAGACAAGAGCAGCUCCGUUGAAUGUUGAGCUUGUGCAAUUGGACUUGUCAUCCCCUUCAGCUGUGCAAGAAUUGGAAAGCAUCAAGAAUGAGGUUUCCGGUGUCUUGUUACAGUACCCAGGUUCAUCUGGUGAAAUCUCAGACUACACACAUUUGCAACAGAUUGCCGAUAUCGUCCACUCGUCUAAAGGACUGUUUGCUGUGGCUACUGAUCUUUUGGCGUUAACUUUGCUCAAGCCACCAUCAUCGUUUGGCGCUGAUAUCGCUCUCGGUUCAUCUCAAAGAUUCGGUGUCCCAGUAGGAUACGGUGGUCCACAUGCUGGAUUCUUCUCCGUUAUCCAAACAUUGAAUAGAAAGAUUCCAGGAAGAAUUGUUGGUGUCUCCAAGGACCGUUUGGGUAACAGUGCAUUGAGAUUGGCUCUUCAAACUAGAGAACAACAUAUCAAAAGAGACAAGGCUACUUCCAACAUCUGUACUGCUCAGGCAUUGCUUGCCAACAUGGCAUCCAACUUUGCUGUCUACCACGGUCCAGAAAAGUUGAGACUCAUUGCUCAAAGAACAUAUGGUUACACAACGUUACUCGCUGAAGAGGUUGCUAAGAAGCAUACCAUAUUGAACAAGAAAUGGUUUGACACCUUGACAAUAAAACUUGAAGGUGUCACCGCUGAUGAGCUCUUGAAAACAGCUGUUGAGAAAUACCAAAUCAAUCUGUAUAAAGUUGACAGCAACACUGUCUCUCUUUCUCUGGAUGAAACUGUCACUGAGAAGGACUUGAAGGACCUUGUGGAGUUAUUCACUGGUGCUACUAUUGAUACGCAAGCAAUUUCCCAAUUCCCAGUCUUCCCAAAGACUCGUAUCAGAACUGACAAGUUCUUGACGAACCCAGUGUUCAACCUCCAUCAUUCUGAGACUGCAAUGCUCAGAUAUUUGCACCAUUUACAAUCCAGGGAUUUGUCUCUUGCCAACUCCAUGAUUGCCCUUGGUUCAUGUACCAUGAAGUUGAAUGGUACCGUUGAGAUGCUUCCAAUUUCAUGGCCAGAGUUUGGUGCCUUGCAUCCCUUCAUCCCGAAAGACCAGGCUCAAGGUUAUGCUGAGUUGAUCAAAGAGCUUGAGAGUGACUUGGCUAACAUUACUGGUUUCAAGGCCACAACACUUCAACCAAACUCUGGUGCUCAAGGUGAAUUUACCGGCUUGAAAGUCAUCAGAGCUUACUUGGAGUCCAGGGGUGAACAACAUCGUAACAUUUGUUUGAUUCCUGUUUCUGCUCAUGGUACAAACCCUGCUUCUGCUGCUAUGUCCAACUUCAAGGUUGUUCCAGUGAAGUGUUUGAGCAAUGGUUCCCUUGACCUUGUCGAUCUUGAGGAAAAAGUUGCAAAACAUAAGGACAAUUUAGCUGCUAUCAUGAUCACAUACCCAUCAACAUACGGUUUGUUUGAACCAGGUGUUAAGACUGCCAUCGAUCUUGUUCAUGCUAACGGUGGUCAAGUGUACUUGGAUGGUGCCAAUAUGAAUGCUCAAGUAGGUCUCACAUCUCCAGGCGAUUUGGGUGCUGACGUUUGUCACUUGAACUUGCACAAGACAUUUGCCAUCCCACACGGUGGUGGUGGUCCAGGUGUUGGUCCAAUCUGUGUUGCCGAACAUCUUGAACAAUUCUUGCCAAAGCAUGAAGUUAUUGCCAUUGAAGGCCAGACUGAAAAGUCCAUUGACUCUGUUUCUUCAGCCCCAUAUGGUUCUGCAUCCAUUUUGCCAAUAUCAUACAGUUACAUCAAGUUGUUGGGUGGUGCUGGUCUUCCAUUCAGCACUUCCAUUGCCAUUUUGAAUGCCAACUACAUGAUGAACAGGUUGAAAGAACACUACGAUAUUGCAUUUGUCGGGUCUGAUGACAUCAAGUUCUGUGGUCAUGAAUUCAUCUUGGACUUGAGAAGUUUCAAGAACAAAGGUCUUGAAGCUAUUGAUGUUGCAAAGAGAUUGCAGGAUUAUGGUUUCCAUGCUCCAACUUUGGCCUUCCCAAUCCCAGGUACUCUGAUGAUUGAACCUACAGAAUCUGAAAACAAGCAGGAAUUGGACAGAUUCUGCGAUGCCCUAAUUUCUAUCAAGGGGGAAAUCGAAGCACUCGUUGCUGGGGAACCAUUGGGUCAAGUUUUGAAGAAUGCACCACAUUCAUUAAGUGAUUUGGUUUCCUCCAACGAUUGGGAGUCCAGAGGAUACACAAGAGAACAAGCAGUAUAUCCACUUCCAUAUCUGAAAACACACAAGUUCUGGCCACCAGUUGCCAGAUUGGAUGAUACUUAUGGUGAUUUGAACCUGAUGUGUACCUGUUCUUCUGUUGAGGAGGUUGCUAAUGAAUCCUAACUACGACAACAUUUAUAAAGUACAAGACGAAUAAAAUGAACGUUGAAUAUAUCAUUUCAUAAAACUAAUAGA